CCUGUAAAUCCAGCAACUAGGGAUAGCUACUUUGGCCAACAUAGCCACAGCUGCUAUCCCCAGUAAUAACACGUGUUAGCUAGCAAAACUGAAGUCAAUAUAGUUAAAAACAGAUAAGAAGACUUGAGCUUGGAGAUGAAGAGUCCAGUGUAAAAUGUGGCAGAAGUUAACAUUGCUAUUCCUCUAGAGGCUGUUUUGUUUUAGUCUGAUUGAUGGGCGCGGUUCAAGCUGACACUUGUUCAGUUUAGACAUCAUGUCAUGUCCAAAACGGCUACUGUGAUGUUAACUACUAAUCCUAACUGAUAAAAAACAAGUGUUAUCUCCAUCUAUCACACUUUAGAAACAGCGAUAAAACAUUUUGGCCUAUCAUGCAUUUAUUUGCUGUAAUAGGUCAGUGGGACUGCUUAUUUUAUUAUUUUUGGUGCACUAUUGUUUUAUUGUUUGCUACAUCCUGUUCCCUCUUCAGUCUCCCCUUGGGUUUCAUCAGAGUUUCAUCCAACCUAAAAACUGCCCCUGGUUGAUUCUCUAUAAUGUGCACACAGUGCAUGUUAGAGUCAGUAGAGUCGGGUACUUUCCACACUGUGUCAUUCAAGAUCAAGGUUAUAGAUGCUGAGAUGAGAGGAAGUGCAGGAGUUGUUUGAAAAGGUGACAGACAACAUAAACCACCAGUGUACAUGCAGGAGGUGCUGUCUGUUUGUGUGUGAUUUUACCUCUUUAAUUAUGACUACUAAAAAUGUAGUCUGUGCCUGAAAAUAUCACAGUUUGAUGUGUCUAAAAUCUCUCAUUUGAAGCUGCAUUAAGCAAUGUCUUUUAUAGUCACACUGGAUUUAAAUGACUCUCUGUAAUGUGAAUCAACACUGUAGUCUGCAACCGCAUCCAGAUCAUAGUUUUGGUUCACCGGCCCAAACGAAACCCAACAAAUGCACGUGCUCUCACAAAAGGAAGUGUACAACUGGCUCACACAAGCCGGUCGUACACUUUUCGUUUUGGCGCAAAAUGGCGGAGAGGCGAAGUGGCUGAAGAAACGUCGAACAUAUAGCAAUCCAAAGACAUUUUUCUCAGGAGCUGAAUUGAAUUUACAUUCGACAUGUGGCCAAAAAGAUGACUGCAAGUCCAGGUUCCUCUGUUUCUGCUGAAUGUGAGAUGGCGACCUCUGACCCCUGUGCAAACGCCCCCCCAACCCCGCCUGAGGAGCCGGAGCCCUCCCCCUCCCCUCGCAAGAGGCGCGGGCGUCGGAAACUAGAGCAAAGCGAGAAGAAUAAGGACGAGCCAGAAGACAGAAACUGCGACUCCCCCAGAGAGGGUGAGACUGGCAGGCUGCGGAGGAGGCCAGUCCCCAGAGUGACUUUCCAGGCUGGAGACCCGUACUACAUCAGCAGGAGACAGAAGGAAGAAUGGCUCAGCCGCUGGAAGAUGGAGGCAGAGCGCCGGGCAUACAGGGAGGCGGAGAUGGACAUGAUGGACGACCUAUCAGGGGGCAUCUUUCAGAAAGAGGAGGAGUCAGCCAGUCCAGCCCCACCCCUACCCCCACCCCCACCCCCUUCACAACAACACACAGCCCCCGCCUCGCCAACGGUUGCCGUGACACCAGAGCCAGCUGCCAGGGGAGAACGGCCCACGCCUAGGGAGAUAGAGUACCAGGACGGCCGGGGUUUUGGCAUCGGUGUUCUGGUGUUUGGGAAGCUGCGAGGUUUCUCUUGGUGGCCCGGCAGGAUCGUUUCCUGGUUGAUGAGCGGCCGAAGUCGAGCUGCAGACGGGACUCGCUGGGUGAUGUGGUUUGGAGACGGAAAAUUCUCUGUGGUUUGUGUGGAGAAGCUGAUGCUUCUGAGCUCUUUCUCAUCUGCCUUCCACCAGCCCACCUACAACAAACAGUCCAUGUACCGGAAAGCUAUCUUCGAGGCUCUGCAGGUGUCCAGUGUUCGGGCGGGGAGGCCAGUUCCUUCCUGUGACACGAGCGAUGAUGCAGACGGUGUGGAAAUUCAAACCAGACAGAUGAUAGAGUGGGCCAUGACCGGCUUCCUACCUACUGGUCCACAAUCACUGGAACCUCCAGAGGAGGAACAAAAUCCAUAUAAGGAAGUGUACCCAGAGAUGUGGGCGGAGCCUGAGGCAGCGUACACCCCUCCACCCGCCAAGAAACCGCGCAAGAACUCGGCUGAAAAAGCAAAGAUCAGAGAGGUGAUCGACGAAGGGACCAGAGAGAGACUAAUAUGUGAAGUCAAAAAGAAGACCAGGAACAUAGACGAUAUCUGCAUCUCCUGUGGAAGCCUCAACGUCUCUCUGGAGCAUCCUCUCUUCGGAGGAGCGAUGUGUCAGGGCUGCAAAAACUCGUUCCUGGAGUGUGCCUACCAGUACGACGACGACGGCUACCAGUCCUACUGCACCAUCUGCUGUGGAGGCCGGGAGGUGCUCAUGUGUGGCAAUAACAACUGCUGUAGGUGUUUCUGUGUGGAGUGUGUGGAUCUGCUGGUCGGAGCCGGCUCGGCGGCGACAGCCAUCAAAGAGGACCCAUGGAACUGCUACAUGUGUGGCUCCAAGGGCGCCUAUGGGUUACUGCGGCGUCGGGACGACUGGCCCUGCAGACUACAACACUUCUUCGCCAACAACCACGAACAGGACUUUGAGCCAGCCAAAUUGUACCCUCCAGUUUCAGCAGAGAAGAGGAAACCAGUCAGAGUUCUCUCCCUGUUUGACGGCAUUGCCACAGGUCUGUUGGUGCUGAGGGAUUUGGGCAUGCAGGUUGACAAGUAUGUGGCGUCUGAGGUGUGUGAGGACUCCAUCACUGUCGGCAUGGUCCGACACCAGGGGCGCAUCAUGUACGUGGGCGACGUACGCAACGUAACACGCAAACAUAUCGAGGAGUGGGGACCAUUUGACCUGGUGAUCGGAGGAAGCCCCUGCAACGACCUCUCCAUAGUCAACCCUGCAAGGAAAGGCCUUUUCGAGGGAACCGGCCGGUUGUUUUUUGAGUUUUACCGCCUGCUGCACGAGGCUCGACCAAAACCCGGCGACGAGCGUCCGUUCUACUGGCUGUUUGAGAAUGUGGUCGCCAUGGGAGUCAGCGACAAACGGGACAUCUCCCGCUUUUUAGAGUGUAACCCGGUGAUGAUCGACGCCAAGGAGGUCUCUGCUGCCCACCGCGCUCGCUAUUUCUGGGGAAACCUGCCAGGCAUGUCCAGUGAUUUAUUUCCCCCAACUUUCAGACCUCUGUCCGCCAUGACGAAUGACAGGCUGGAUUUACAAGAGUGCCUCGAGCACGGACGUACCGCCAAGUUUGAGAAGUUGCGUACGAUAACGACACGCUCCAACUCUGUGAAGCAGGGGAAAGACGAGCAUUUCCCCGUCUUCAUGGACAACAAGGAGGACAUCCUCUGGUGUACCGAGAUGGAAAGGGUGUUUGGUUUCCCCGUCCACUACACGGACGUGUCCAACAUGAGUCGUCUGGCCAGGCAAAGGCUGCUGGGACGUUCCUGGAGCGUCCCCGUCAUCAGGCACCUCUUCGCCCCGCUCAAGGAGUACUUCGCCUGCAACUAGUCACGCACCAACUCUCUCUCACACACACACACAUACAUAAAUACAUAAACAGUACCUAAUGACAGACACACAGCUAGUACAUGAAGGUUGGCUGACACAGGAUGACACAGAUGACCGGGCAUACACACAUAUACACACACACACACUGUAAAGGACUGCUUCCCUAGAUCCCGUGUAGACCACUGGCUGACCUUAGUCCCCUGGUGCUACCUUGCUGAUCUCCACACACACACACACACACACACACAUACUGGAGCAGGGUUUCUGUACUGUCUUCACACACAAACUUCCUGUCCGACCUUGAAACUGGUGUCUUCUGGCUUUACUGUGUCAUAGCAGCAGCUGGAGUUCAAACCUCCAGGGGGCGCAAAAAACUGACAAAGAUGCCCCGGCUUUCUGUUUCUAACAUCUCUCUUGAGUACAUCGACACACACAGUGAACCCCUCUGAACCGAAACACUUAACUUAACUGUAUUCAUGUAUAGUGACGAUGCUGCUGGUGCAUCGCAGUGCAAUGAACACAAAUAUACAAACACACACAAUCACACACACCAGUUAACGCUCGUGGUGCUGGUCAGAGUCCAAAUGGUGCCACUUUAAUACAACACUUUUAAAGUUUAUGGUGCUCUCGGAGACUGAAUGGUCUCUGGUUGUUUCAGUCACUACAGUUUUGUGUCCCUAACUUAGUGAAACCAAAUGCUCAAAAGCAGGUGGAGGCAACACCAGACAAGAGAGGUGAAGUUAGUGAGAACGUGCAAAGGAGCGUCCAGAAGAAAAAUAAAGCAAGGCAACUAUAA